ACAAUAUUUGGUUAGAAUUUCAAAAUGCGGAAAAGAAAAGACUUGAAAUGAUCAAAUCAAAAAAGCCAUUUGUCAAUAAUCCAGGAUACGAACAUCCAGAGUCCAGAUAUUUUAGUAGAUCAUUAAACUUUAUGUUAGAAUCUAUAUCUAUUAUUAAUUCAACAUUAGGUAUUUAA